GGUGGGUGGGUACGUUAAACUUGUAACUGUCGGAACUCGGAUAACAACUACAGUCUGCCGCGCACCACCGUAGUGUAUUGUCGCAUCUCGUGUUUUGAAUCUCAAUUUCAGGAAAAAUGGAGAACGUUGUAUUAUACUACUUCCCCUUCAAGGGUCUAGGUGAAGGUCUUCGUAUGCUGUUGUCUUACGGUGGACAGAAGUUCGAAGACCACAGAGUGCCCAAGGAUCAAUGGCCAGAAUUCAAACCAAAAACUCCAUUCGGCCAGAUGCCAGUACUUGAGAUCAAUGGAAAGAAAUACAGCCAAACCCUGGCCAUGUCCCGCUACCUCGGACGCAAAUACGGAAUCGCCGGAGACAAUCUUGAAGAGUCCUUCGAAAUCGAUCAGAACAUGGACUUCUUCACUGAUAUUCGUCUAAAGGCAUCAACAGUUAUGCUGGAACAAGAUCCCGACAUCAAGCAGAAGAUUAAGGACGACCUGGAGAAGAAUUACUACCCCGUGGCCUUGAAGAAACUUGACGAAAUCAUUGGCAAGAACAACGGACAUAUUGCCAAUGGAAAGUUAAGUUGGGGCGACUUCGUAAUUGGCGGCGUAUAUGACGCGUUUAAGAACUUGCUCCUGCAAAUGCCGGACUUGGACGAAAAGUAUCCAAAUCUAACAAAAUUGAGGGACAACGUUGUGUCUUUACCUAAAGUCAAGGAAUACGUUGCGUCUGCGCCUAAGACAGAUAUUUAAUUUUAGAUUAAACAAGGCAUAGAAAAGCAAACGAUUAUCUUAUUAUUUUUGUUGUUAUUCUUCAACAUUUAGUUUUUUU